UCUGGGCAGGUUGGGAAGCGGAACAGCAGACAUGGGGCGGCUUGGUUGUUUGUGGGUUCUGCUGUGUGCGUGGACUUUUGCUUUAGGAACUGGAUGCAAGCAUUCAAGCAUAAUCCCUGAUUUUGGAGACCUCUACCAUGUCAAAGGAAUCAUCAACCUCCCUUACGCUGAAAUCGAAGAGCCCUUUGAAGCUUGGUACAACCUUACUGGAAACAAGAGUCGCAUUGAGUACUACAAUGGCCAAGUGGUGACCUUACAGCUGGGAUCUAAGGAACCGUACGGCACCAUGUUCAAGAUCACGCCGGCAACCACAGAGAAGGCGGUGAAUGUUGAGAAGUGCUUCCAGCUGAACGGCACCAAAGAUGCACACGUGAAGCCACAAGCACUCUUUCCCAGCUUGAAAGGCUUCAAGCCCAUUAGGGAAGAGUACUACAAAGGCAAGUACUGCAGAGUGUGGCAGAACAUAUCCUACUGGGGCCAUAAGAAGAACAUCUACACCAUGUGGGUGACCAACACCAGCUGCGGUGUGUCGCCUGUGCACUACGAGAUGAGGGGCUACAACACGUUGCUGGGAUCCCACUAUGACAAGUAUGAAAUUGACUACAGCGACUUCUCCAACAGCUUCCCAGCUUCCGUCUUUGUCCUGAAGCCCAAUGAAACAAAACUCUGUGACGCAUUACCAGGGGACUCUGCAGAACACUAUAUCAUGGCAAAUCCCAUGGCAGAUUUUGUCGGGGGACAAGAGGACCGGGCCCACCAGCUGUUCCACCAUUACAAGAAACGGUUUGGGAAGACCUAUGACACAGAGCGGGAGAUGGAACACAGGAAGCACACCUUCACCCACAACAUGAGGUUUGUCCACUCCAAGAACCGGGCCAACCUCUCCUUCAAGAUGGCCCUGAACCACUUGGCUGACCUCACCCAGGAGGAGAUGGCCGUGAUGAGAGGCAAGCUCAAGAGCACAGCGCCCAACAACGGGCUGCCUUUCCCUGAGGAGAACUACGUGGGCCUCAUCCUGCCGCAGAGCAUAGACUGGCGGCUCUAUGGUGCAGUGACUCCAGUCAAGGACCAGGCUGUGUGUGGCUCCUGCUGGAGUUUUUCUAGCACCGGAUCCCUGGAAGGGGCUCUCUUCCUCAAGACUGGGCAGCUCAUCCCGCUGUCUCAGCAAAUCCUCAUUGACUGUUCUUGGGGCUUUGGGAACUACGCCUGUGAUGGUGGCGAGGAGUCGCAAGCAUUUGAGUGGGUCAUGAAACAUGGCGGCAUUGCCACCACGGAGUCCUAUGGGCCAUACAAAGGCCAGAAUGGCUUCUGUCAUAGCAACAAGACUCAGCUGGUGGGCAAGCUGUCAGGUUAUGUCAAUGUCACUUCUGGGAACAAUACAGCGCUGAUGGCAGCCAUCUACAAACACGGACCCGUGUCCGUCAGCAUUGACGCCUCCCACAGAACCUUCUCCUUCUAUUCCAACGGCGUUUACUAUGAACCCAAAUGCAAAAACAAAAGGGGUCAACUGGAUCACGCAGUCCUUGCUGUGGGCUACGGUGUUCUCCAAGGAAAACAGUACUGGCUUAUCAAGAACUCCUGGUCCACCUACUGGGGUAACGAUGGCUACAUCCUCAUGUCCAUGAAAGACAACAACUGUGGAGUCGCUACGGAUGCCACUUUCCCCGUUAUGUCAUAACUGGACUACACCAGGACAAGCUCUUUCAGGCAUCCUCAAAAAAGUGAUCCGGUUCCCAAUUUUAUUUUUUCACAGAAAUCAGCAUCCCUUUACCCCACAACUGCCAAACCUCUCCAAUAUAUUCAUUCAUGUAUUGGAAUCUUAGUCAAAGAACUGGAAGAGACUCAGGGAAUUGUUUGCUUUUUAAUUGAAUUUUUACUGUUUUAAGUUGUAUUUGUACUGGCUUUGUUAUCUUGCUAGCUGCUUUGUGAAGGCUUUUUUUUUUUUUGCCUUGAAAAGUGGGGUAUAAAUACUGAAAUAAAUAUUCGUCA